UUAGCAGUAGUUUAUAGCAAAUAUUAUCAUAAUGAUAGUAUUUAAGGACUUUAAAGUUUUAACAAUACCACUUGUAGUUCUAUUAAAUUUUUGUAGUAAAAGUGUUCAUGGAACAGGAAGCAGUUGUAAUACAUGUUACCAUGACAAAAUGCUAAAUCAUAACACUCCUAACUAUAGGGUUAUAAAAUCGUAUACAAAUCCAAUAUAUACUCCCAACAUAAUGUCCAAAUCUACAUACAGCAUACCAAAUGUCAAUCAUUACGCAAAAACUUUGUCUUUAGGAACAAUUCGUUUUACUUCAACAUCUGGUCCAAAUACUAUUCAGAACAAUGCUGAAACCUUGCAUACUGGAACUUCAAAUUCUAAAAUGCAAUCACAUACUUCAACUUUGAAUAUACAGUCGUCGUCUCAUAACGGCCAAGCAACGCAUUUAAAAACCCAUACGAAAUUAGAAACUAAAACCUCUGUCGCAAACCAGAUUCAUUAUAGUCUUACAGCACAUCCCUUUAAAGAUGAUAAUUUUCUUUAUAAUAUCCACAAUGGAGAAAGUAAAAUUGAACAUCAUCAUUCUUUACAUCAUAAUAUCGUACAUAUAUAUACUCAAGCACACCCUUCUCACAACUCUACGGGAUAUAUAAAAACAGAUAGAUAUGUUAGAAAAACCAUUAACUCUCAAAAGAGUAUAGUUAAUUCAAAUCAUUUCAAUACUAACACGAUUUAUUCGAAUAGCAAAACUCACAUAAAAGCGCAUACAAAAUUGGAAACCAAAACCACAUCAACAAAUGUGUCGGUACAUCCAUUUCGUGAUAAAUAUUUUAUAUAUAAUAAUCGCCAGGGUGAAAAUUCUAUAACUCAUCAACAUUUUUCAAAUCAUAACUACGUACAUAUAUAUACACAAGCCCACCAAUGUAAAAACUUUACCCCAGUAACUACUAGUAAUAAACCACCAGAGAUUGGUUCAAAUAUUAAUACUUUAAAGAAAAAUACAACUUUAGUGAACAUUUUACAAAACAAAAAUCUGACAAAGAUUAUCACAGAACAAGCUAAUAAAAUUCUUCAAAAUUCCAUCUAUAAACAACUUGAAACAAACUUCACAACCCACAGAAAUGUCACCAAUGGAUCUGAGAAGGUUUUGAACAAUUAUCCAAUUUCUAAAAAUAAUUCACAUAAUAAUACUGAGAAGAAUAAGAAAAAAUCAUUUCAGAUUUUUAAAGACAUGGCACAUUUUGUCUCAGAACAAGUUACGAAAACUAUUGGCAAUUCAAGUGAAGACACCAAUACCGUUAAUGAUAUCGAGAAGGAUUUUAUAAAUAAUAAACAAGACAAUAAUGUCAAUGAGAUGAAAAAGAAAAAAUAUUUUAAUAUUUUUAAGAACAAAAAUCUGAUAAAUGUUGUUUUGGAAGAGGCUAGAAAAAUAAUAGAAAAUUCAACCUCAAAUGCCAAAACCGAUAAUGAUACAGUAAAGAAAAUGAGAACAUCUUUUAAGAUUUUUAAAAACAAAAAUCUAACAAAUAUUAUCUCAGAGCAGGCGAGAAAAAUUUCUCAAAGGAUAAAUGAAAAUAAUAGCAAUGUUAACUCAACCAGUCUAAAGCCCAAAACAAAAAGUGACAACGGAAAAAAGAAAUACGCAAUACUUUUUAGAGUUUUUAAAAAUAAAAAUCUAUUAAAUAUUAUCUCAGAUCAGUCUAGAAAAAGAAUGCAUACAACUAAAAAACCAACAGAUAUUGAUAGCACAACCCCAACCUCAAUCCAAACAAAUACAAAAAUUGUGCCCGAAAAUGAUAUUAAAAAUAGUAAUAUAACGCCAAAUGUGAAAUCUAAUAAUGACACUGAACAGGAAAAAAUUACAACUUUUAAAAUUUUUAAGAAUAAAAAUCUAACAAAUUUUCUCUUAGAUCGGGCUAGAAAAAUUCUGGAUACAACUACAAAAACAACAGAUAUUGAUAGCAAGACCCCAACCUCAAUCCAAACAAAUACAAAUACAAAUAUUGUGCCCGAAAAAGAUAUUGAAAAUAUGAAGAAACAUGUAACAAAUUUGAUCUCCGAUCAGGCUAGAAAAAUUGUGCAUACAACUACAAAACCAACAAAUAUAAAUAAUUCGACCCAGUCCGCAAUCAAACCCAAAAAAGAUAUUAAGAAUAGUAAUACAAUGCCAACAACUGUCAGAUCUGAUAAUGGCACUGAACAGGAAAAAGUUACAACUUUUAAAAUGUUUAAGAACAAAAAUCUUACAAAUUUUAUCUCAAAUCAGGCUAGAAAAAUUGUGCAUACAACUACAAAACCAACAAAUAUAAAUAAUUCGACCCAGUCCCCAACCAAACCAAAUACAAAAACUGUGACCGAAAAAGAUAUUAAAAAUAGUAAUACAACAACAAAUGUCAAAUCUGAUAAUGGCACUGAACAGGAAAAUAUUACAACUUUUAAACUUUUUAAGAACAAAAAUAUAACAAAUUUUAUCUCAGAUCAGGCUAGAAAAAUUGUACAUACAACUACAAAAUUAAUAGAUAUAAAUAAUUCGACCCAGUCCGCAAUCAAAUUAAAUACAAAAAUUGUGCCCGAAAAAGAUAUUAAAAAUAGUAAUACAACACUAAAUGUCAAAUCUGAUAAUGGCACUGAACAGGAAAAAGUUACAAAUUUUAAGAUUUUUAAUAAUAAAAAUCUCACAAAUAUUAUUUCAGAGCAGGCUAGACAAAUUUCACAAAGUAUAAAUGAUAAUAAUACUGAUGUUAAAUCAACAACUUUAAAGCCCAAAACAAAUACUGAUAUCGAAAAUAAGAAAAACGUAACAACACCUUUUAAAAUUUUUAAGAACAAAAAUCUAAAAAAUUUUAUCUCUGAUCAGGCCAGAAAAAUUAAGCAAACAACUAUAAAACCAACGGAUAUUGAAAAUGAUAAGGAAUUUAUUGAAAUUACAACAUCAAAAAAUUCAGAACAUUCAACCACUAACAUUCCAUUCGUAUGGAUUAAUGAUGUUCCUCUAGCAAGAUAAUUAAAGAUUUAUUGAUUAAGAAAAUAGAAUACAACUAAUAAACCAUAUUUAUAACAAUUUUUUAAUGAUUAAUCGUUUAUAAGAAACAAAUAGAAAAAAUA